AGCAACCAUCCGUUUGCUCCUGCAUUUCCCUUAUCGCGGUGGAUUGGCCUCUCGUUCGUUGGCCGCCCAUCUCUCCUCCAAACUCCCAGCGCCCACCCUCCCGCUCUUCUCCAAUGGCGGCCACCACGGGCCUCACGGCCACCGUCUCCUCCGCUCCGGCCGCCCUUAGAACCUCUCCUCCUCCAGUUAUCUUCCUCAGGCCCAUCUCUCGCUGCUCCGGGCUCCAUUCCGUCAAGGCCAAGGCAACAAAAAAGGACCAGGAGGAAAAGAAGCCCGCAAAGUCAUCCAGUCUUGUUUGCUCUGCAUGUGAAGGGAAUGGCGCAAUCGCAUGCACCCAGUGCAAGGGAGGUGGAGAGAAUUUGGAAGACCAUUUCGGUGGCCGAUUCAAAGCUGGAGGAUUAUGCUGGCUUUGCAGAGGAAAGCGCGAAAUUCUUUGCGGAAGCUGCAAUGGCGCUGGUUUCGUGGGUGGAUUUAUGAGCACUGCUGACGACACUUCUGAAUAAAUGGUCUAUGUCUCCGUUUCUGUUUAUGUUGUAUUUGACCAGUUUUGGGAGAUCUGUAGCAUUUUUUACUUGUAUCCCUUUGAAGCAAUUUGUCCCUUAGAAGUGGGACAUUUAUCGCAUUUAAUAAGUGUGUACAUUUUGUAUCUGUGACAAAUUUUGUAUAUGGCACCAAACCAAAUUGGAUGCCCACCAUUUGUGUUGCUCAAUAGAAGUUUUAUGG